UGUAUGUGUUCAUCAUGCAUUAGUGUGUGCGAAUUCGGAUUCAUUGCUUACUUAGCUCCGUUUCUUUUUAAUCUACGCACUUUGUAUUUUGACACUAUUCAUAUAUUUCACCGUUUUACUAUUAUUGUGUGAUUUACGCUUAAAGAAGAAUAUAGUUACUAUUGGAUCUUGUUAGAUUUAUGUCAAUAUAUAUUUUGAUGAUAUCAACUUAUAAUUUUUACUUAUUGAUAGGUAAAGAUAUCUAUCAAUGGAUGUAUUUGUGUGUUGUCAAGUGUUAUUGUCAAACACUGUAGGUUAAAAGGAAACUGAGAUAGUAUAUAGUUUAUUUAUUCAUCUUUUUUGUUGGUUAAGAUUCACAUUGUCAGAAGACACAAAUUUAUUAUCUUCCUUGUUGCUAUGAUUUUAUUAUUGUUUUUGAACUAAAGUAUAUUUUCUUUUUUACUCUGGUUAGUUAAUAUCAGUAGGUUAUUCCCAUUGUCUUAUCCAACUUUGUGGUAAUGUUGACAUUAGUGUAAAUAAUUAUUGCUACAAGUAUAUUGUAGUAGUAUAUCAUCUUUUGUCUUGGUUAAGAUUCAGAUUAGUUGUAAUUGUUUGUCUUCUUGUGUAGCUUUAUCUCUUAUUGUUUAUGAAUUCAAUUAUAUAUGUAAUCUUCAGAGGGAUGUUGGAUAGUUGAAACUUAAUCUCUGUAUGAUUUUGUACGGGGUAAUGUAAAGAACUGGCUUCAUGUUUUAUUUUCUAUGAUGAAAUUUUGUGAGCUUAAUCGGAUCGAAUGUCUUAAGUUUCUCGGAGGAAAUGGUGAAAAGCUGUUAAGCAAUCAUCAUUCUACUAGUGAAGCAUGAAUACUAUUGCUAAUGUUUGUUUAAUUAGAGUACUUUUUCUUUUGGCAUUUACCUAUCAAUUUUCUGGCAUGACAUGAUUUUAGUAGUGGGAAGACUUUAGGGUCAUUAGGCGUACUAAUUUUUCGCAAAAAGAAAAGCAAAUAUAACGCAAUGAAAAGACACAAAAAGUGCUGUUGUCAACUGUAUGUAAUAUUCUUCUAAUAUAGUAAGUAUUUGAGUAUUGAAUGUGCCUCCAUUUUAUAUAAUUAUUUGGUGUAUGAAGGAAUUAUAUGGCUUCUUUUCACUUUCUGCCUUCUUGUCCUGGGUUUUGAAGAAUGGGAUUGAGGUUAAGCUACAACGGAAUGCACUGAGUGUGCUAGAACCACCUACGGGACACGAGGAAGAUGAUGAGCUUGAUCACUCUAGCUGCAGCUCUGAUCUUGGUGAGAAGGACCAUGAAUUUGGGAAUAGCAUGGAGUUUCACAAAGUGAGCAAGCCAAGAGUGCGCCAUACUAGACCAUGGGCUCCUCCAUCUGCUUCAGCAAAGUCAAAUCAUCGGAAUUGCUUGAAGGAACUGCACUCCAACAUUCAUACCUCUCACUGUAGGCUGAACUUUGCUAAGCUUGGCAGUGACUCACUAUGGAGGUAUUUGAGCCGAUUUCAUCUGGGGAGCAUGAAUUCUAGCUCAAGAGAGCAGAUGGUUAACAUUGUGCAGCGCCACUUUGCUUCACAUCAAGUUGACGAAGUACAAGUGAUUGCGGAAUUCAUUCGUGCUGCCAAGACACUGAGGAGUGGCAACAGAAGUAGGGAGUGAAAAAAAAAUGAAGAUAAUUCAGGUGUUGUUGAUCAGAGAAGAAGCUCUAUGUAAUUAUAUUAUAUAUAUAUACAUAAAUCGUAGCCUAACUUUUUAGAUGGGAACUCUAACUAAGACAUGGUUUUGGAAGAGGGUUCAUUUUACCUCAGCUGGCUAGAACUCGCCUCGCCCUCCACUCGGAUUCUAACCUUGUAAUCUCAAAUCUGGUGUGUAGAUUAGAAGGCCCGGUAAUAUUUAUAACCUAAGUUCUCUCUGUUAUAUAUAUAUUCCAGUUCUUGUGAA